AUGGGACAAGCAUUCUCCGGCCCCAAUUCCUUCAAAUGGUUGAAUUUGACACCUAAAGCCACGGCUGUCCUACAAGCAACCCCUUUCCUCUUUGUCGAAUUAAUACUGGUAUUGGUUGGAUUGUUCACGUUGGUUGGGAUUGCUUGGUGGAUUCAUUACGAAACGAAUAAAGCGUAUGCGAAGCCGAAGGUCAAGAAGGAUGCGAAGAAGUAG